CCAAUCACGAUUUGCUGUCGAAAUCACGUGUUACCGGUUCACACUGACGCAGAACCUCCGCGACCGAUAGUUCCUCCAUGUGAAUGUCGUCGCCAGUCUUAUAAAAGCUAAUUUGACAAGGUCCUCAGGUGAGAUGUGGGUGCAAAUGCUUUGAUUGGUUGUUGAAUAGAGGAAGUCCCCUUUCCAAAAUGACCACCAGGUUGCUGUGCAGAUGGGCGCGAUGGUUUCCUCGCUUCUCUCAGGUUGCUGUGGCCUCAGCCCGACUACAGACUUCCACAGUUCAACACACAGAGCCGCUGUGCCCGAUGUCCGUGUCUUGGAUCCGACCUUCUGCUAGGCACUUCUGUCAGGGCAAUGAACUGGCCAGGAUGGAGGAGACGCCAUUUCCAUAUGAAUGUACAGAUCUAGUCAAACUUGUUGAAAAGGCAUCCACUCCACAGGAAGUUCUUCAGUUGUGGGCAGAGCAAGGCAAAUCUGCCAGCGAUGCUGCCAGGUGUCUGGUCCAGCUGAACCUGCGGAUCAUGGAGAAGGGCGGCAAAGGAAUUCUGCAGGACCCGCGCUUCGAGCACAUGCUGGAGACUGUAAACGCUCAGGUGUCCUCAGUGUGGAAUGGAUCUCUGGUGGCUCUUCUGCGUACGCUCACUAUGCUGGGUGUCCCUUCUGAUGCCCCUGUACUCCACUCCAUCCAGAAUGAAGUGCUUUGGAGGAUCCGGCGCCUUACCUACCGUCAACUGGGGUACCUGGUGGACUGGGUAGCCUUUCAGCGCAAAAGAGGGUAUGAAAACGAAGCGCUCACCACAACCCUGCUGAAACAACUGGAGCUGCGCUGGACAGAGCUAAGUGACAGUCGUACCAUCACCAUUCUCAUGGGCCGUGCUUUGCUUUUCUCCCCCUCUCUAAUGGACAAACUGGAGGACAAAGCUCUGGAGUUGGCAGAGAGCUUUAGCGCAGAUGAUAUCCGGAACGUGGCAUUAGCAUUGGCCUCUCGAAACAGGAGGGCCGUUUCUUUGUUACGGGCUCUCUCAUACCACCUGAACCAAAAAUCCUCCUUUGAACUGAAAACGCCGUUGCUGCUUGACAUCGCGUACACUUAUGGUAAGCUGAAUUUUCACCAGCCACAGGUUCUUCAGAGAAUAGCGACAGAGCUAUUACCUAGGUUAUCAGAUCUGAGUUCCCUAGAUGUCACCCGCUGUGCCAAGUCUCUAGCCUUCCUCAAGUGGCUCCACCUGCCUCUGUUUGAAGGCUUUGCUCAGCACUAUGUGAGUUAUAGUAAAAGCUACAGCACUCUGCAGGUCUGUAACCUUCUCAUGUCUUUCGCCAAACUCAACUUCCAACUUGGCAGAGGAGAGGAGUUUUACCAUAAGGUACACAAAGCUCUGGAAGGUUCCUUUCAAAAUUUAGAGCCCUUCCUGAAAACAGAUGUGGUCUGGUCGUUGUGUGUGCUGAACCAGGCCAAUCCUGAUUACAUCUCCUCUGUUACAAAGCAUGACUUUCAGAAGAAACUUUCAGGUGGCUUUGUGGAUCGGACUGAGAACUAUCGGCUGAAAUUGCUGCAUAUCUCUGCCUUUGCUCAGCUGGAGCCUCUAGGAAUCACUAUUAAAUCCCCUGCUGUCCUGAUGCCAGCUGCCCAGGGGAAAGUGGAGACCAACACCCCUAUGCAGAGCAGCCUACACACAACCCUCCAGAGUCUGACCAACAGCCGGACACAGGCCCUCCGCACUGCUGUCAAAACUGUAUACGGCUGGACAAUAGAUGGAGAGCUUGUGGUAGAUUCAGAAAAUAAACCUAUUGAUUUGGAGAAUUUGAAAGCCCCUCAUUUACCUGGAGGCGGUGGUCCUGAUGCCUUACCUGCAGGGGCACGACGAAUAGCAUUUGUGUCUUGGGACUUUUCUAACUUCUGCUUCAAGAGCAAGGAUCUUCUGGGCCGCUUUGCCAUGCAGAAACGCCACCUACAGCUGGCUGGGUUUAUAGUGGUGGAGGUGCCGUACUUUGAAUGGCUGGAGCUGAAAUCUGAUUGGCAGAAAGUGGCUUACUUGAAAGACAAAUUAGGGAAGGCAGUGGCUGAGGACAUGGCUAAGUGAGCCAUCAAGCCUGUCAAUAAUUUUAAAUGCUUUGGACACAGGCAGCUUAUAGACAUCAACAGGGCCAGACAAUAACAGGACUUACAGGUGAGGUAAGGAUACAGAUAUUGAGUAUUAGAUAUACACACAGAGAGAGACUGUUACAGCAUCCUCAAGUUCCAUGAUCCACCCGAACAUCAGAGUGGAAAUCAAAUGCGACUGGGAGCUGUGAUCCAUCUCUGCAGGAACAGAAAGCGGAGCCUCCAGAAAACAGCAAAUGCUCGGAAACAACAGAGUUGUGUAUCCGCUGCUUUCCCAAAAAGGAAACUGAGCCAAAGAGCUAGACAUAUGUUGUGAAAUGAAAGUGUGUGACUGAUCUGAAGGGCAUAAGCAAUGUUCACCACAGGAGGAAACAACUCCACAUCAAUUACACUAAAUUAUCAGAGCGUUGUGUUAAUCCUCCUCAACACAACUGGACGUUCACACUCUACUUCCACUUUUAAUAAAUACAUACACCUUCUGUUUUUGAUGUGGUUGCCUAGACAACACAUGGGGCUUUCCUUGUUUCCAAGGAGACAGUUGUUAGGAUGGAAAUAUUUAUGGAGAAAGGGAUUGAGAGUUCAGUACUUAAAGAUACUUUUAUUACACUUAGAAAGCGCCACUCUAUUAUUGCUUAUUAAUGAAAAAGUAAAAUGAUACCAACUCUACUUGCCUCACCUGAUAUCUGUACAUUAGCAAAUGUGCUUGUGAUUUAAUUAAAUAUAUGAAAAAUAUGGUUGUAUGUAAAGAAUACAUAUCAGAUGACAGUUUUUGCCUUAAAUAUUUAUUUUGGAAAGGCCAUCAUUGCACUGUUAUUUGCUGUCAAGCCUGGAGUUACAUGUCACUCUGGUCAGUCUUAGUGGACCUUUCUCUUGAAAUCUUGAAAAGAUUUUGUACAGAGAAUGGAUUUUUCCACUUAGACUUUCACCUUAAGCACCUUGGUGUUUGCAAUGUGUGGUAUCAAAAAAACUAAUCUCGUAUUUUCAUCAAA